AUGCACAGUCUGCUUAGCUUUCUUUUGGUUGCCAUCUGCGUGGUGACGGUAGCUGGACAAUUUUACGGUGGACGUGGUCCCUAUGGUGGUGGAUUCGGACGGAGCCCCUACGGUGGCGGAUUUAACCGCGGCUAUGGUGGAGGAUUCAACCGUGGCCCCUAUGGUGGCAGUCCAUACGUUCCAGGUGGUGGAUUUGGCCGCAGGCCGUACGGCGGUGGAUUCGGCCGUGGCCCCUACGGCGGCGGAUUUGGCCCCGCGGAUUUGGCCCGUGGUCCCUAUGGCGGGAGGUUCGGCGACGUGGCCCCUGUCGAGCGGAUUUGGUGCGCAGGCCUUAAGCGCUGGCAUUGA